CUCCAUCAUCCUCAUCUUCAUCAUCCCCAUCUUCAUCAUCUCCAUCAUCCCCAUCAUCUUCAUCACCUUCAUCGUCUUCAUCUUCAUCAUUGCCUCCGUCAUCAUCCCCAUCUUCAUCCUCAUCUUCAUCCCCAUCCCCAUCAUCUUCAUCCCCAUCAUCCCCAUCAUCUUCAUCACCUCCAUCAUCUUCAUCUUCAUCAUUUUCAUCCUCACCUCCAUCAUCCCCGUCGUCCUCAUCUUCAUCAUCUUCAUCAUCCCCGUCGCCUCCAGCAUCCCCGUCAUCAUCCUCAUCCUCAUCUUCAUCCUCAUCUUCAUCAUCCCCCUCCCCAUCUUCAUCAUCUUCUUCAUCCCCAUCUUCAGCACCUCCAUCAUCAUCAUCAUUGCCUCCAUCAUCAUCCCCGUCUUCAUCCUCAUCUUCAUCCCCAUCCCCAUCAUCUUCAUCGCCUCCAUCAUCCCCAUCAUCUUCAUCCCCAUCAUCCCCAUCAUCUUCAGCACCUCCAGCAUCUUCAUCUUCAUCAUUGCCUCCGUCAUCAUCCCCAUCUUCAUCCCCAUCCCCAUCAUCAUCACCUCCAUCACCUUCACCUCCAUCAUCCCCAUCGCCUCCACCAUCCUCGUCUUCACCCCCAGCUUCAUCUUCUUCAUCACCUCCAUCAUCCCCAUCUUCAUCAUCCCCAUCAUCUUCAUCACCUUCAUCUUCAUCAUUGUCUCCAUCAUCAUCCCCAUCAUCCUUAUCACCUCCAUCAUCUUCAUCUCCAUCAUCACCAUCAUCACCAUCACCUCCAUCAUCCUCGUCUUCAUCAUCCCCAUCAUCUUCAUCACCUCCAUCAUCUUCAUCUUCAUCAUCACCUCCAUCAUCCCCAUCAUCUUCAGCACCUCCAUCAUCAUCAUCAUUGCCUCCAUCAUCAUCCCCGUCUUCAUCCUCAUCUUCAUCCCCAUCCCCAUCAUCUUCAUCGCCUCCAUCAUCCCCAUCAUCUUCAGCACCUCCAUCAUCUUCAUCUUCAGCAUUGCCUCCAUCAUCAUCCCCGUCUUCAUCCUCAUCUUCAUCCCCAUCCCCAUCAUCAUCACCUCCAUCACCUUCACCUCCAUCAUCACCAUCACCUCCACCAUCCUCGUCUUCACCCCCAUCGUCUUCAUCUUCAUCAUUGCCUCCAUCACCCCCAUCAUCUUCAUCACCUUCAUCAUCUUCAGCACCUCCAUCAUCUUCAUCUUCAGCAUUCAUUGCCUCCAGCAUCCCCAUCAGCUCCAGCAUCUUCAUCAUCCCCAUCUUCAUCACCUCCAUCAUCUUCAUUGCCUCCAUCAUCCCCAUCACCUCCAGCAUCCCCGUCGUCAUCCUCAUCUUCAUCUUCACCCCAUCUUCAUCUCCAUCAUCCCCACCUUUAUCAUCUUCAUCACCUCCAUCAUCUUAA